UUUGGAUCGAUGCCCGUCAAACGUCAUUUCAUGGAACUAUAAUCUCACAGCAUAUCUUUUGGGCUAAGGUGUUAUAAAUUGGACCGGUUAGCUUGUUUAGAUUAUAUCGUUCUCUUGCUCGCCCAUCCUUCCCAAGCCCACCGAAGAGAGACUAUAAACCCGUCAUAAAUAGACCAUGCCUCAAUCCCACUCCGGUAUUCUCCACGAAUAUGCCCCAAGACUAACGGCCUUCGAAUUUAACCCAGGCCCCAAAAAGCAACACAGCCUCCUCUUCGUCGGCGGCCUCACCGACGGCCUCCUAACAGUCCCCUAUGUAUCCGCACUCGCUAAAGCCUUCGAAUCCACCGAAUGGACUGUCUUCAACGUCCUUCUCUCCUCCUCUUACCUCGGCUGGGGCGUCGAAAGUCUCGAUAAAGACGUCACCGAGAUCGCGCAGUGCGUGAACUUCGUUCGGGGUCUGAAGCCCCAGGGCAAGAUCGUUCUCAUGGGCCAUUCAACCGGUAGUCAGGACGUCCUGCAUUAUCUGCACUCGCCAAAUCCGCUCCCUGGACAGGAGAGUGCUCGGCCUGUGUUGGACGGGGCUAUCAUGCAGGCUCCCGUGUCGGAUCGGGAGCAUAUCUUGCAUUUGGCGCACUCGGAUCACGAAGUACGCGGAGCGUAUGAGCAGUUGGUGAAUUUUGCGAGGUUGCAGGCGCCACAGUCGCUGUUGCCGCUGAAUCUUACUGCAGUAGUCGGAUGGCCGGAUAAUACCGGGAUUAGCUGCCGGAGAUUUCUGAGUCUCGCGAGUCCAGAGAGUCCAGAGAAGCCGGCAGAGGACGAUUUGUUUAGUUCCGACCUGAAGGAUCAGAGGUUGAAGGAGACGUUUGGGGCUGUUGCGGAGAGGGGAUUAGUGAAGGGGAAACUAGCGGCGUUAUAUUCUGGAAAUGAUGAGUAUGCUCUGCCGUCGGUGAAUAAAGAGGCACUUUUGCGGAGGUGGAAGGAGGCGACGAAUGCUGGUGGGGUAGAGAAAUGGAGUGAAUACAGCGGUGUCAUUCCGGGGGCUGCGCACAAUGUGAAGGAUGAAGGUCAGGAUUGGCUGGUUGAGCGCGUCCUUCAGUAUCUUAACACAGUGUAGCUGCAGAGUCUAUGAUCAGGGCAACAUGAAUGAUCAAGCCAGGCAUGAGAAGAUGGAAUCAAGCAUUUUGGACAUUUAGUGUACAUGAAAGAAAAGUCUUAGGACGGCCAACACAUCAAC